AUGAUUUUUAGCCCCUUGACGGUUGGAAAUGCCAAACUCCAACACCGCAUAGUCAUGGCCCCCAUGACACGUUUCCGCGCGAAUGUGCAACAUGUUCCCACUGAUCUAACUGUCAAAUAUUAUGCCCAACGCGCGAGCGUCCCAAGCACGCUGAUCAUCUCAGAAGCGGCUUUCAUCGCGCCCCAGGCUGGAGGAUACGCCGAUGUCCCUGGAAUUUGGUCUGAUGAACAAGUCGCGGCGUGGAGAAAGGUUACGGGCGUUGUACAUGCUAAAGGCUCCUUUAUCUACCUGCAGCUUUGGGCCCUCGGGCGUGCAGCGGAUCCUGCUCAGCUUGUGCUUGAGGACCCUUCAAGUCUUGUCUCGUUGGGGAAUGUCAAAAUAGAAGGUCAAGACCUUGCGCCUCACUCAUCAACCGUGGAUGAGAUCAAGGAAUACGUCCAAUUUUACGCAACCGCAGCCUCGAACGCGGUCCACAAGGCGGGAUUCGAUGGGGUAGAAAUUCACAAUGCCAACGGAUACUUACCCGAUCAAUUCCUCCAAGACGUCUCAAACAAUCGCACAGAUGAAUAUGGUGGUUCCAUCGAGAACCGGGCCAGAUUUGGAUUGGAAGUCAUUGACGCUGUCACGAAAGCUGUGGGCGAGAAGGCUGUUGGCAUUCGCUUCAGCCCAUGGAGCGAGUUCCAAGAUAUGGGCAUGAAGGAUCCCAUCCCCACAUUCUCAUACAUGAUCGAAACCAUCCGUGAUCGAUACCCUGAUUUCGGUUACAUUCAUCUGGUCGAGCCUCGUAUCUAUGGUGCUGUAGAUAUAGAAAUCAAACAAGGGCAGACUAACGAGGUCUUCCGGAAGCUUUGGGGAUCCAAAGUCUAUCUGACCGCUGGGGGGUAUAAGGAGGAUGCCCUGAAGGCGGCGGAGACGGACAACACGCUCGUCGUCUUUGGACGGUACUUCAUAUCCAAUCCUGACCUUGUUUUGAGGCUGAAGGAAGAUAUUUCUCUUGCGAUGUAUGACCGUAACACCUCCUACGCCCACACGGUACCCGAAGGUUACAUAGAUUGGCUCUUUGCCAAUGAGACGAAGGGCACCGUAGUGUAG